AAUAUUUUUUUACUAAAAACGUUUGGCUGAACUUGCUGCUCUAAUCGUCUUUUUAAUUUUCUAUUCUUCCAAACUUCAAUGCUCUUCCGCAUUAACAGCAAACCCGUUUGGUGGUGUUGUUUGCGAGGGUGUUUGGCCAGCUGCAAGCAAGAAUCAUCACUGGAGAAGAAGUGCCACUGUUGGACUGUUUGAUUAUCAGCUCUUUUCUGCUACUUUUGCGAAGUGAAGGGGAUGCUGAUGGUAAGAAUGGGAAGGAGUCAUUUCUUUAUGGUGGGGAUUUUGGUCCUGUGCUGCUGGACAGUGAAGACAAAAGCAGAGUACAUGAGAUAUAAAGAUCCUAAACAGCCAGUAGACGUGAGAGUUAAGGAUUUAAUGAGCAGGAUGACCCUAGAGGAAAAGAUUGGUCAAAUGUCCCAAAUUGAGCGCGUUGUUGCAUCAGCUGAAGUCGUGAGAUACUACUAUAUUGGUAGUGUGUUCAAUGGUGGGGAAACUCUUUUACCUAACAGGGCUACUCCUGAGACCUGGAUGGACAUGGUGAACGAAUUCCAGAAGGGUGCUUUAUCAACACGUCUUGGCAUACCUAUCAUAUAUGGGAUCGAUGCAAUUCACGGAAACAAUGGUGUCUAUGGAGCCACAGUUUUUCCUCAUAAUAUUGGUCUUGGAGCAGCUAGGGAUCCUUUACUAGUCAAGAAGAUAGGAGCUGCAACUGCUCUUGAAGUUAGAGCUGCAGGCAUACAGUACUCUUUUGCACCUUGCGUUGCUGUCUGUCGAGAUCCCAGAUGGGGUCGCUGUUUUGAAAGCUAUAGUGAAGAUCCCCAAGUUGUUCAAGCAAUGACUGAUAUUAUUCUAGGAUUACAAGGAGAUGUUCCUCCUGAUUCUCCUAAGGGUGUUCCCUACAUUGCUGGACAAAAUAAUGUUUUAGCAUGCGCAAAGCAUUAUGUUGGCGAUGGUGGAACCAUCCGAGGCAUCAAUGAGUACAAUACAGUGGCCAACUGGGAUGACCUGCUACGUAUCCAUAUGCCUGCCUACAAUGAUUCAAUAAUUAAGGGCGUAUCAACUGUCAUGAUCUCAUACUCUAGCUGGAAUGGUGUAAAGAUGCAUGCUAAUCGUGAUCUUAUUACUGGCUUUCUCAAAAAUACCCUACAUUUUGAGGGGUUUGUCAUAUCAGAUUCUCAGGGUAUUUACAAGAUAACUUCACCAGAGCAUGUAAACUCCACAUAUUCGAUUUUAGUUGGUGUAAAUGCAGGCAUUGACAUGAUGAUGAUUGCCUACAACUAUACAGAAUUCAUUGAUGGUCUUACCUAUUUGGUGAACAACUCUUUCAUUUCUAUGAGCCGAAUUGAUGAUGCUGUGCGGAGGAUUCUAAGGGUGAAGUUCAUGAUGGGUCUAUUUGAGUACCCAUUUCCUGAUUAUAGCAUGAUUAAGUACCUUGGAAGUCAGGAGCAUAGGGAACUGGCUAGGGAAGCAGUGAGAAGAUCUCUUGUUCUGCUAAAAAAUGGUAGAUUCGAAGAUGAACCAUUGCUACCCCUUCCCAAGCAUGCAUCGAGAAUACUGGUCGCAGGCAGCCAUGCCAAUGACAUUGGCAACCAGUGUGGAGGAUGGACUAUGUCGUGGCACGGGCAGAGUGGCAACACCACAAUUGGUACGACCGUUCUUACCGCCAUUAGAAACACCAUCCACCCAAAAACAGAAGUUAUCUUCGAGGAAAAUCCUGGUUCUGCAUUUGUCAAGUCCAGUAAAUUCUCUUACGCCAUUGUAGUGGUAGGAGAGGUACCAUAUUCAGAGACAUAUGGAGAUAGUUUAAAUUUGACAAUUCCUGAACCAGGUCCAAGCACCAUCAGAAAUGUCUGUGGCUCUGUGAAAUGUGUUGUUGUUCUCAUCACUGGGCGCCCAGUUGUGAUACAGCCAUAUCUUGAUCAAAUCGAUGCACUUGUAGCAGCAUGGCUUCCUGGCACUGAAGGCCAAGGGGUUGCUGAUGUCUUAUUUGGUGACUAUGGUUUCUCAGGCAAGUUACCACGUACAUGGUUCAAGACGGUUGAUCAACUUCCAAUGAACGUUGGAGAUCCACAUUAUGACCCGUUGUUCCCAUUUGGAUUUGGCCUCACCACAAAACCUUCAGAGGCUCAUUACUCCUACUGAUAGACAUUUUAUUAGAUUGCGUAAUGCAUUUCUUGAUCUUCUGCAUUUGCUGUGAGGACAAGCAAUAUCUUCGUCGAAAGAGAGAGGAAAUCUUCGCGUCCUCAACAAAGUUGGAAGAUAAAAUGUGUAACAGCAAACUUUGGUUGAGGCCCAGGAUUAAUAUGUGUAAUUACAUUGACGGACGGGACACAUAGUUGAUGUAUUGAGUCCGAAAUAAAUAAUGGCAGUCUCAAGUGAAAUAUUUUAUAAUGCUUUGAGGCAUGUCUUUAGUUACAUAAUUUCGAGUCAUCUACAGUAAUUAUGCUGUCACCGAAUGCUUUUAUGCAUGUCUAUAGUUACUCAAUUGAGCCACAUAAUUUGGACA